UUUUUGCCUGUACCAAACACGGUCUGUUUUUGCUGCUUCUUUUUGUCUCCCGUCCCGUGGACUUUUCUCCAAAGGGAUUUCCAAUUCGCAAAAAUAUAGAAACCCAAAUAAGACUACCGAUCGCGCGUUCGCGGAGAUCCUAUCGUUCCGUGGGUGCAAGUGUAACACCAAUAGUUCACGACGAAAAUACAAAGUAGCGCAGUACAAAAGUUUCCUCCGCUCCACCUCCUCCCAAAGAUCUGCGGAUCGCAGGAACCAAGAACUGUGGUGCUGGUGCAGGGCCAGGUGCCCCCACGCGUCCGGAGUGCAAGAGGAGGCGUCGCGUCGCCCGGAUUAUGUCAUUUGUUUACGGGCAACUGCCGCAGGCAGAGAAGCGCUUUUGAAUGUUGCACCCGAAAGAGGCAGCGAAAACCUGUAAAAAUGUAGACUGUGUGCGUGUGUGUGUGCGUUAGUGUUAGUAUUAGUGUUAGUGUUAGCGGACCAGUGUUGGUGAGAGUGAGUGUGAGUGGCGCGGAUAAUGGACGUUUAGUCGUCGUAUAAAAAUACGCGUAGAUAUAGGAGAUAUACACACAUACUCGUAUAUAUGCGGACAGGCACGCCGCCGUAUCUGCGCCGCAGCACGUCGUUCGAGAGCCCGCGCGCCUCCCCGAUGCGGCUGCUCCCCUCCAGAGUCAGCUCUAGCAUCGUCUCCGCCUCCGCCUACGAUUAGAGCCAAUGGCCACGUUCAAUGCAAGCGCCAGCAGCAGUGCCGCCGAUGUCCUGAGCUCCACUUUGGCCGCCACCUCGGCCACGGCCACGUUCCUGGUGCCCCCAGCGGCCACGCAGGCGGGAGCCAUUGCAGUACAGCAGCCAGCGCCUCAUCCGCCGCACCUGCAGCUGGAUCAGUUUGGAGGCUACGCUACGGGAGCACCGCUGCACCACCAUCAUCAGCAGACCAACUCGUCUUACACCUUUGUGCAGAUAAAGCGGGAGCCCUGUCAGGUGUCUGAGAUUAGCUCCAACAACUGCCACCAACAGCAGCAGGCGCAUCAUCAGCACCAGCAGCAGCACCACCACCAACUCCAGGGCCUGGGUAGCGUGUCUUCGUCCUCGGUCACCGCCUCGGCCACUUCCAAGACCAUGUCUUCGUCCACGCUCACCACACUGGUGAAGAUCGAGGCCCCCUCGCCAAAGGUGCCCGACCUGGAGAAGUCAACAAGCAAUUCCGUGCCCAUUGGCAUAGCGGUGGCCAGGAAGCGGCCGCAGGAAGCCUUGGUGCCGGCUCUGAGCACCCCGGCCGCGCUGCCGCUGCAGCAAUCACUCAGCAAGGACAUGAACUGCUUUGGCAUACGCGUCGCUGACCUUGGCGCCACCAGUUGCGGCAAUCUGUACUUCACGGGCAACGGUGACCUGAUGACCACUGGCACGGCCACCGCCGAGGAGCUGGCCUUAAGUGCCGCGGGCGUUAAUCGAGCACCGUCCACCUUCUGGCAGUAUCCAAAUGCAUUACCCAUUGAAUCAGUGAUUUCCAUGUCGCCCGCCACAGUGGGCCUGCAGUACUCGCGGGAGGCCAGCCGCGGACAGGUGGUGCUGCUGCCGGCCGCCCCCACAGCGCUCGAUCCGUUCCAGCAGGCAGCGGCUGCCGCGGCCUUCGUCUGGCCCUCCGCCUACAUACCCCAGGCGCCGGGUCCCGGCGGUCCCUCAGCCGCUGCUGCCUCGCUGCAGCCGUCGCCCAACCUGACCAACUUGCCCAACUUCAUCUUCCCCUCGAUGGGCAGCCACCAGGCUCUGGGCAAUACGCCCUCGUAUGCCUCCACCCUGCAGCUGUAUCUGGCCGCCGCAGCCACCGCCACGGGAAGCUCGACGAUGUGCCAGCACAGCAAUCAGCAGACCAGCACCACCACCACAAACUCCACCAUCAAUCUGAGCCUAGCCUCGGGUGCGGGUGUCACGAGCAGUGCCAAUGCGGCCAGUAGCCUCAGCUCAAGCAGCAGCCUCAGUGCGAGCAGCUCCAGGUUCCUCAGCCUGGCCACAGGUCAGGGUGGGCCCAUGGGCUCGCUGCUGCUGCCGCCAACGGGAAUGAAGCUGGAGGACUAUCAGUCGCAGCCUCUGCCGUUGUCGUUGCCGCCGCUAGUGCCGCUGGAGGCGACGCGCGACAAGGAGCAAGCUUUAAAUCUGAUGCGCCUGCCCACGCCGCCCACAUCGGCCACAAUGGAGCCGUCGUCCCUUGGCCAUGCAACACCCCACCAGCUCUUCCAGUCGGUACCCAUGACGACCUCUACGCCGGCCUUGUUGAAUCUAUCGAUGCACGGCUCAGGUGGACAGCUGCCUGUUGCCACGCCCCUGCCUGCGGUUUGUGACGAAGCGGCGCUGAACUACAAGCUGCACGCACCGCUGACGCCGCAGACCCCGCCCCGUCUGGCGGAGAUUUCGGUGCCAGGAAGUACUCCUCUUUCCCUGCCGCAGAUGCAGGACGUCAACAUACAGACGGAUACUCCUGUGUGCAGCGAGGAUGAGAGCUUUCCGGGUCCACCGAAGCAGCAGGAGUCGGCAGGGGAAGCCAAUCCGAUUGCCGCCUCCUUAAUCCAGCCGCUGGAACUGACCAAGCCCAGUGAAGCCAGCCAUACCCUGCCGAACGAGUGCCAUACCCAGACCGAACCCAGUGACAUAGUACCCAGUGCCAGCCAGGCGGAGUCAGCGGAGCAGACUCCCCCGGAAUCCAUAGAAAUAUCGUCCCAGGCCACGACGCAGGCUGCUCAGACGGCGCCCGAGGACCUGACCGGCCUCGAGCUGCUUUCCAACAUCAGCACCAACAGUACUCCGCUGGUGCGGAUCAAGCAGGAGCCGGUGGAGCAUAUUGAGCCGCCUCAGGAGCAGCCUGUUGAAGUGGCACCACAAGAGCCUCUGCCGACCAUUCUGCAAAUAGAGCCAGCGCCCACGCCGGAGCCGCUGGGAGGCCUUAAGCUGUUGUGCGCUCUCGCCGAACAGCGAAUUCAGGAGGAGGAGGAGGUGCAGGGUAGUAGUCUCUUUGCUAGGCCUUCCUCCUCGCGUACGCCCACACCGACGCCUCAAGCUUCUGGGACACCGCCUCCGGCUCUGGAUACCAGGCCUUGUUUCGGCUUUGGCCCACCCCAGGGACCACCAGUCUUCCCCUCCUCAACCUCCUCCUUUCAGAUGCCAUUGAGUUCACCCGGUUUUCCCUCGAUGCAGGGCAUCGAGCUGCCUUCCACCUCCGUGGCGGCCGCCACUGAGCUUACACCCGUGAAGCGCAAGAAGCACAAACAUUCCAAGUCCUCUGGCAGUGAUAGCCGGAAGUCGGCGCGCUGCAGCAAAAAGAGCAAGAAGAAGCGCCGCCAUAGCAGCAGCCGGCAGCAGCAGCAGGCGACUACAGCUCCGAUGGCGGAGGAGGAUGUGAACCUGCAGGACGAGCAGCUGCAGUCGGAGCUGCGCAGCGCUCUACAUGCCAUGGAUCCCAGCUAUGCGCAGCGCUUUGGCCAAGAGGUGUUUAGCAUCAUGGACAACAGCAUGCGCAUGAGGCUGGCCGACAUUACGAGGCAGUAUCGCAAGAAGAAACGGAAGCUGGACGAGAUAAGCAAGCACAAGAAAAAAAAGAAGUGCUCCAAGCAGCAGCAGCAGCCGUUAGUCCAACCAGCGGCGGUUCAGCCAGCACCUGCACUGCAGCAGCCACAAAUGACUCUGUCCAGUGUCCUGGGGACCUCGUCACCUCUACGCGACUACAAGUUCCCAAAGUUCUCGAGCAAUAACCUUCAGACGUCCAGCUUCCUGCGAUUCCCGGAGAAGACGCACUCCUUCCCACCGCCUCCCCUGCAGCAGAGUCAGCCAGAGCCCAGUCCCUUGCCCACUAGCUGCUCAUCGAGUACCUCUUCAUUUGUGCGCCUCGAGCCCAGUGCCCUUGAUGCGGCCGUUGCUACUGUCCCAACUACCUCAGCAUCCUCCUGCUCGCCCUCUUCAAAACAACAAACAGUUGUUUCUGCGGCGCGGAAGCAGCGUAAGAUGAAGGCGAGCAUCGCAGGCGGCCCUGGAGAGACUACCACAGCCCCAGAGGCCAAGCGACGGGUCAGCGGCAUUGAUCGGGAGCUGCAGCUGACCAGCGAGCAUCUGUAUCGCGAUGAGACGCGAGUCCUCACCGACAUGGGCGGGCUAUUCUACGCGGGAGUGAUGAAGCCACUUCGUCCGCCGGAUGUAUACUCGAUCACACUGGACGGGGAGCGCGGCAACAAGUCGCACGUAAUGUCUCGCGAGGAUAUACUCAAGGAUACGAUUCUCGAGGUGGCGCCAAAGAGCGUCGAGAGCGUACCCGUGGGUACGCGUCUGUGCGCUUACUGGAGCCAGCAAUACCGAUGUCUUUACCCGGGCCGUGCCAUCGACUCGGAGCAGGCUGAGGAUGGUACGACCAGCAGCAGCAGCAAUACGGCAGCAAAUGCGGUAACCACGUCGCCGGACUUUGUCAGCGUGGAGUUCGAUGACGGGGACAGCGGCAGGAUCCGCUUGCAGAACAUCCGGCUGCUCCUCAGCGACUAUCCCAUAGCAGAGUACAACGAUAAUCCCCUCUACUCAGUAGGCAAGCAGAAGCGCAGCGCUCUGCGCGGUGCUGAGAGUGGUCCUGGCGGAUGCUCGCAGGAGCAUUUGAGCGUGCCCGGCUGCGAGGACUCGCAUAGUCACCAUAGCUUGGGGAUGAGUAGCGACAACACCACUUCGCUGGCCGCCACCAUGGAGCUGUUCACGCAGCGCAGUGAGAAGAAGCGCCUGAAGAAGAGCCUCAAGAAGAUGUCCAAGUCGCAGAACGGCAUCAACAGUUCGGCAACGGCUGUCAAUGGUGGGGCAGAUGCAGCUCCGUCCGGUGAAGGGUGCGCGGCGGGUGCAGAUGAUGCCGCCCGUAAGCAUCACAAGCACAAAAAGCGCAAGAAGCACAAGAAGCAUCAUCGCAAGAAUGGUAGCGAGGAGCCAGAGCCAGAGCAAGUGCAGCAGCAGCAGGAACAGCAGGAAUCAGCAGGAACGGCACCGACGCCGAAUACAAAUCGCGUUAAAAUGGAGGUCAAGGUCAAGGCAGAGCAGCUGGAAAUGGAGGAGGAGACGGCCUCCAAUCUCAUGUCAGAGAUAUCCGAUGAGGCCAAGGGCGAGGAUCUGGUGGAGCAUAACAAUUCCAAGGGCAGCAGCAAGAUUGCUGCCUUCCUGCCGGAGCGGCAGCUGUGGGGUUGGCAUGGCACCGCCUAUCGCAAGGCGGGCGUCAAGGGACGCGCCAGAAAGCAAUUUUACAAAACAAUCAAAAGGGGAAAGGAGACUAUCACGGUCGGGGACAGUGCAGUAUUUCUAUCAACGGGCAGACCAGACCGACCAUAUAUCGGUCGCAUUGAGUCCAUGUGGGAGACCACAACGGGUAACAAAGUGGUGCGCGUGGCGUGGUUCUAUCAUCCGGAAGAGACGACCGGCUGCCCAAAGUUAAGAUUUCCGGGUGCUCUGUUUGAAUCGCCGCACGAGGAUGAAAACGAUGUGCAGACAAUUUCGCAUCGGUGCGAGGUGCUGCAGUUUGGCAGCUACUUCGACAAAUUCGGUGCCGAUUCGAAGCAAUAUCAAUCCAUAUACGAUAACAAUGAUACAUAUUAUUUAGCCGGGCACUAUAACCCAAGGUUGCAAGUGCUGAAACUACAAGACGAUAUUCCAACUCUCGAAGAGCUGCAGGAUACAAAUACUACUACUACUACAACUACAACUAAAACAACUACUACCGAGGAUUAAGCGAAACGUGGCGUGGAUAGGCAUAGUCGUGUUUAGGCAUAGUGCAUACAAAUCUAUAUAUAUACAAUAUAUAUACACACAUUAUACAUAUAUUUUAUGAUACGUGAGAGAUGGAGAUGAAGCAGAGAUAUACCUAUUAUAUGUAUACAAAUAUUAUUUCAAUAUAUUUUAAAUGUAUUAUGUAUUUCGAAAAAAAGAAACAAACACAAAAAAAAGGACAUCGGACGAGAAAGAUAUAUAACGAGAGAGAGAGAGAACAAGGAACUAAGCAACAACCUUUAAAUUAAUGUGUAGUUACGAGACAAGCGCAAGCAAUUUUAAGUCUAAUUUUUGUAAAAAGAAAAACAAAAGAAAGAGCUAAGAGAUGCGCGACAAAGUUGAUUUACUCAAAGUUCAGCAAAAAUGUAUACAAACGAAAUGUGUGCUUCUACAUCCUACAUCCCCUGCGACCAUUCGACACCACACACAAGACACAAGCAACCAACCAACCAACCAAGCAUCCAACAAUCCGCACUUAGAGCCCCCUUCUACAGAUACGGAUACACUUGUUACUUUACGUGUAUACCUACCACAUGUUUCAGAUUAAAUUUAAAACGUGUUUUAAUGAUUUUAAGCAGGCAACAUGCAGCAACUACUACUAUAAAUGUAACAAUUCAAUGUGAUAGCAAAACAAACCCAGAUGUUGAUGUGUACAGAGGAGAGAAUAAGUAUAGAUGAUAACUAAGAGAUCAAGCGAAAUGUGUGUGUUGAAUAUUUACAGCUCGUUUAUUCACGAAGAACAGCAAAAUAUAAAAUCAAACCUAUCUUUAAUUACAUCAAUAAACUUGCCGGAUAUAUUGAAA